AUGGUCAUGAUGGGCCUUAACGGAGGGCGUCUUGUAAUGCCUAUGGCGGAUGACAUGCACACCCAUCUGCGGCAAGUGGAACUGAUGGAUAUGGUCACGCUUCAAAUACGCAAGGGAGGGUGCAACCGGGUGCUGGUGAUGCCCAACACUGUGCCGCCGAUUGUGACGUGCUCACAAGCGCUCGAAUACAGAAAUGAACUUCUGAAAAGGGACCCGAAUGUGAAUUACUUGAUGACCUUGUACCUCUGCCGCGAGAUCGACGCCGAGGACAUCGCCAAGCGCGCGAAGGAGUCGCAUGUUGUUGGAGUUAAACUGUACCCGCGUGGUGUGACAACAAACUCCGAGGCCGGCGUGGAGGACCUUACCCAAUAUGAGGAUAUCUUUAAAGUGAUGGAAGAACUCGGUAUGAGUUUGCACAUCCACGCUGAAAAGCCAGAGGCGCCGACACUCCACGCGGAAGAAAUGUUCUUGCCUAUAUUUGAAGACCUCCAUUCGCGCUUCCCCAAACUGAAAAUCGUUUUUGAGCACAUUUCGACGGCUGCAGCAGUAAAAGCGAUUAAGGGCAAACCUAAUGUAGCCGCAUCUAUAACUGCGCACCACCUGCGGCUGACCACUGAGGAUGUGUGGACAACAGAGGAUGUUCAGCGCCAGAUGGACUCUUCCGAUAAAUCAUCUGUCCAGCCCCGCAUAGCUCAGUCCCACAACUUUUGCAAACCCAUUGCAAAGAGCGCAGAGGACCGAGAGGCGCUCCUGCAGGUCGUGCGCGAGGGCCAUCCGCAGCAAAAGAAAGACUCGUAUCCGCCAGCAGCUGGUGUAUUCACGCAACCCUUCCUCCUUGCGUAUCUCGCAGACACUUUUGCCCGUGCGGGGUGCCUAGACAAAUUGCAAAGUUUUGCUUGCGAAAACGCAGCAGCUUUCUUUGGGCUUCCUAAAAAGGAGCUGGUGGAGGGCGAGGAUUGCGUUGUGCUGGAGCAGACACCGUGCACGAUCCCGAACGUCAUCUGUGGAGCUGAAGGCACUAGCACGGAUGUUGUUCCCUUCCUCGCUGGCCAUGAACUCGGCUACACCCUAAAAGUAGUCCCGUUUUCCAGGAGCUUGGAGGCUCGACAGUGA